AUGUUGAUUGGUGCUGAUUCAUCAGACAAGAAGAUGAUCUCCCUGAAAUCUUCGGAUGGAGAGGUGUUCAAAGUCGAGGAAUCCGUGGCGGUCGGAUCACAAACCAUCAAACACAUGAUCGAAGACGAUUGUGCGAGCAAUGUCAUACCUCUUCCCAACAUUGCUGGAAAGACUUUGGCGAAGAUAGAUCACGGGACUCUGUUUGACCUUAUCUUGGCUGCCAAUUACCUCAACAUCAAGGAAUUGCUUGAUUUAACGUGUCAAACAGUGGCGGAUAUGAUCAAGGGGAAGACACCGGAGAAAUCCGCAAAACGUUCAACAUUAAGAAUGAUUUUACUCCGGAGGAAGAAGAGGAAGUUCGCAGGGAGAACGCCUGGGCCUUUGAGUGAUUUUACCCCGGAGGAAGAAUGA